AUGUCCUUAUUAAGAGCAUUAAGGAAUAUUCCAUUACAUGCCUCUACUACUAGAUUAAUCGAGCAACGUGUCUUAUUGAAUCCACAUGCUAAUCAAGAUGAAAAACUUCAAUUAUAUGAAUUAAUUAAAAACUUUAACGUUGCAAGAAAGACAACUCAAAAGAAUAAAGCCAUCGAACAAUUAAUAUAUACUACAUAUUUCAAAUGGAAAAAUACUGUUCCUAAUUAUUUGAAAGUCUUCGAAACACGGUAUACUGAUUUACAUAACGAUUGGCCCAUUGAUAAAGAUUCGGAACAUGUAAAUGAUAAGAAAGUUCCAUUAUUGAGAGAUCUAUGGUUAAGAAAUGAUCAUAAAGCCAUUCAAUAUACAUUAGAACACAUGCUAAGACAGAACCCAAAUUGUCCUACAGAUAUGUUUGAACCAAUCUUUGAACAAUUUCAUUUUAUAAUGAGUAAACCUCAGUUGCAACGUCGUAAAUUAGGUAAAACAGCUAGAGUUCCCAUAUUACUAUUACCAAUGAAUGUAUUAGGUUCAGAUAUACCAGAUUGCCGUGCUGAAAAUUUAUUAAAGAAUCAAAUUAAUGAGAUUAAAAGUAUUCUUACUGUUGAUAACCCAAUACUUUCGCCUGAUGUCGCUCAAGAAUUGCUUAAUUUGUCUAACAACCACGAUCACACAAUGAACAGACAAAUCAAUAGAAGAUAUCGUAUGGUUUUGAGAUAUGGUUAUUCAUGGAUUAACUCACCCGAUGAUCUUGGCGGUUCUUUUUCCAAUAAACCCAAAUUAGCCUCACUUUGCGAACCGGAGUUCUCACUACAAGCAGAAUCACCAAAAUUUGCAUCGAUCACGUGA